AGACAACACAAUAAUCAUUUUUGUUGUCUACUUUUCUUCUUCACGAAUUACGAAGCAUAAUAAUAACCAAAAUCAGAUUAAUAGAAAGAAAAAAAAAAGAACUCUAGGGUUCGAAUUAUAUUCCACACUCUCUCUCUCUCUCUUGUAAUUUUUAUUUUUUUGAGUUGUCAAAUUUUAUUUUUUUUUUUGUCUUCUGGGUGUCCGUCUCCCCACCUUCCUUCAAUCUGUGUAAAACCAAACCGGGGAAAUAUCAUUUCAAAUUCUGAUAAUUCCCCCAGGUAUUCCGAAGCCCAACGGUUUAUUGAAUCACCCACCCCCGGAAAACGAAAACAACAAUAAUUUAUUAUCACAAGUUUCAGGAAUUUCGUUUUCCCGGGAAAAUUUCAGCUCGUCUCUUCAGCUUCAAAAUCUUCCAGGAUAUUGUUUCUUCGUAUUAUUUGAUCCGGUAAGGGUUGUGGGAAGGUAAUCCGGGAAGGGAAAUAUAUUUAGAGCGGCAGGUGUGGGUGUACGGAACCUCUUCCUUUUUUUACCCCCAAUUUGAUAUUAUUCUUUUAUGGAGUGACAUUUCAAAUUGCUAUAUUUGUGAAAAUUUAUUGCUGCGGAGGUUUAAUUUGGGGAUUUAGCGGUUGAGUUUGAAUGCAAGUUUGGAAAUGGAUUCAGAUUUCACAACAACAUCCACAAGUUUCGUCAAGUGUUGCGAUUGUGGUUGUAGUUGUUCCCCGAUCAUGAACAGGUCUUUUUCUGGCACCAUGCUUCGUUCUGUUAAGAGGAAAUUGGAUGAAUUCGAGGAAGAGAAGAAUAAGUUCUCUAUUCCAGGAUUCGUUUUACCUCAGAAUGCUCGUGUUGAAGUUGAAAAUGAAUGUGUGGCACUGCGUGAGAUGGUAGCCAAUCAGCAGCAAAACAUUGAGGACCUCUCUGCUGAGUUGGACGAGGAAAGGAAUGCGUCCUCAUCUGCUGCUAAUGAGGCCAUGUCUAUGAUAUUAAGGCUGCAGAGGGAAAAGGCUGAGAUUCAGAUGGAGUUACGGCAGUUCAAAAGGUUCACCGAGGAGAAAAUGGCACAUGAUCAACAAGAGCUUUUGGCUUUGGAGGAUUUGUUGUACAAGAGGGAACAGGCCAUUCAAUCACUAACAUGUGAGGUACAAAUGUAUAAACACAGGAUGCUGAGUUAUGGCUUCCCAGAUGUUGAGGCUGACGGAGGCAAAUCAGUGAAUGGCACAAUCACACGGAACAAUAGCGUGCUUGAAAACCUUGAUGGACAGUUUGAAUUUCCCACGUAUGAUUACCCCCCUCUUAAAUGCAAUCUGAAUGAGAAUCAGAUUUAUUCAGAGGCUGAUAAUGAAGUUGUGGAUGUUGAAAAGUAUGCAUUUGGGGAAACUCCACGGUCUCGGGAUCAGCUGAAAGAUUUGGAGUACAGAAUCAAUCAAUUGGAGAGAAGCCCCCGGAGUAGUCAGCCAGAAGGGGAAUUUAUGGGCCCAAAAACUGUCCUUGAAAAAGUCAUAGUUGGUUAUUCUCCAAGAAGGAAUCGGCAUGCAAGGAAGUUCUCAACUGACAGUACUAGUUCAUUCCCUGCAAAUGGUAGAGAAAUGGGUCCUGAUUUUACUGCUGAUUCUCCCAAGUUUGGUGGCAGUUUCAGGAAGACAGACUUUUCACAGACGGAGGAAUUUUCUAAUUCGAAAAAGGUUGACAAUGUCUCAGAUGUUGGAGAUGACAUGAGUGACAGAGUUUACACUAUUGAUUCAGUUUAUCCUGGGGUGACCCAUUUUAAUGGUGAUAGAGAACCCAAAGCUUCUGUUGCUGUUGGUGAUGAUUAUAUGACAACUCCUCGGGGUUCAAUGUCAAAUAACAAUAUAGGGGACCCAGAAAUACAGAAGCUCUACAUGAGACUUCAGGCACUUGAGGCUGAUAGGGAAUCAAUGAGGCAGGCCUUAAUUUCUAUGAGGACAGACAAAGCACAAUUAAUACUCUUGAAGGAGAUAGCACAGAAUUUAUGCAAGGAAAUGUCACCGGCGCGAAGGCCACCUCCGAGGAAGCCAUCUUUGAUUGGGAGCUUGUCCUUUAUCUCUAUUAUUAAGUGGAUCGUGUCUGUUGUGUUCUGGAGAAAGAAAGCACGCCGAUGCAAGUGAGUGUUUCAUAUUGCUAACAAUCAAUUUAACUGAGAUAUCAAAUAGUGGGCGAUUUGAUUGUAGAGGUCUUUUUUUGCGGGGUAGUUAUUACAUGGUUGGUUUGUGGGUGUAAAAUGUGGAUGACCAAAAUCAAAAAUACGAGUAAGAAAGAAAGGGAAAAAAAGGAAAAGCUGGGAUGAAAUUAAAGGAAAAAAGAGAAGGCAAGGGAAGGACAGGACCAUACAAGACUAACUAGUUAGAUGUUUGUCAUAUUUAUAAAUCUAUUUUGUUUUGGUUCAUCAGCUAACUCUUUUUGAUUUUAUUUUCAGGUAUAUGUUUGGGUUGUCAGGCAACAAUGCAGGCUUGUUGAUGCUCUUAGACAAGGGACCACAUGUGGGAAAGUGGAGAUGUCUUUCAAGUACACAAUUAUAGCACCUGCUUUGAUGUCCUAUCCAUCUUCGGAGCCUUAGCUAAGAAAGUGAACAUAGAGUGGCAAUCUCAUUGAGUUUUGUCCAUUGUUGGAGUUUACAUCCCUUGCUUGAUUCGUGAUGCUGCAAAAUUUGGAUUUGAGUUGUUUUGUGCAGUUGUCUUUGGUACUUCAUUGUUUCGAGAUCCAACUCACUGUUGGUUAAUCAGCAAGAAUUGUCAUUACAGUAUGGCCAGCCUUGCAUGCGUUCAGUUGGUUUGGUGUAAGUUUAGCUUGUGAUGCUUGUCUGAUAGGUUGCUUUUGUACAGUGCCAAUUGUGUAUUGAUUUGCCGAUAAAAUAUGAUAGUCCAUUCUUUUCCUCCUAAAACACUUCAUUUAAUCGUUCCAUUCAAGGAGUAUGAAAUUGUGAAUACAUCAUGGCUGUUACUUGUUAGCCUAGCCAAUUGCAAAUUGAAAGUAGAGUGGAAUCUGCUUGCGUUUUUUGUCCAUUGUUCCCUUGCUUAAUUCGUAGUGAGUGAUGUUGCUAAUAUGGAUUUGAGUUGUUUUGUGCAGACUUGUAUCAAGUUUGACGCUUUAUAGUGUUUCCAGAUUCAGAAAAAAACUGUGUUGUUUAAUCAGCAAAACUUGUCAUUACAGUAUGACCGGCCUUGCAUGCAUGCCUGGUCAUACGGUUUAGUGUAGGUUUAGGCUUGCAAGAAAAUUCCCGUCUGUUAGGCUACUUAUUUACUGCACCAUUUGUGCAGUUGCGAGAAAAUUCUUGUCUGUUAGGCUGCUUAUUUACUGCAACAUUUGUGCUUAUUGCCGAUGAAAUGUGAUAGUUCC